CACCGAGUCCCUGACGCAGUGACCUGGUUCCCUGAGGGCGGCGGCCUUGACUUUGUACACCAGAACUCCCCCACCCGCCUCAUUUCCCCGCCGCAGGCUCCCGGGACGAUGGUGCCUCGCCUGCUGCUGCGCGCCUGGCCCCGGGGCCUUCCCGUUGGCCUGGGAUCCCCCUACAGGCCCCUCAGCGCGGAAUCCGCGCCCGGCCAGUACCUGCAGCGCAGCCUUGUGCCCACCAUGCACUACCAGAACAGCCUGCCCAGGCUGCCUAUUCCCAAACUCGAAGACACCAUUAGGAGAUACCUUAGUGCUCAGAAGCCUCUCUUGGAUGAUGGCCAGUUCAGAAAAACAGAACAGCUUUGCAAGAGUUUUGAAAAUGGGCUUGGAAAAGAACUGCACGAGCAGCUGGUUGCUCAGGACAAGCAGAAUAAACAUACAAGCUACAUUUCAGGCCCUUGGUUUGAUAUGUACCUAACUGCUCGAGACUCCGUUGUCCUGAACUUUAAUCCAUUUAUGGCAUUCAAUCCUGACCCAAAGUCCAAGUAUAAUGGCCAGCUAACCCGGGCGACCAACAUGACCGUUUCCGCUGUUCGGUUUUUGAAGACACUCCGGGCUGGCCUUCUGGAGCCAGAAGUGUUCCACUUGAAUCCUGCCAAGAGUGACACUGACACCUUCAAGAAACUCAUACGCUUUGUGCCUUCCUCUCUGUCCUGGUAUGGUGCCUACUUGGUCAAUGCAUAUCCCCUGGAUAUGUCCCAAUAUUUUCGGCUUUUCAAUUCAACUCGUUUACCGAAACCCAGUCGGGAUGAACUCUUCACUGAUGACAAGGCCAGACACCUCCUUGUCCUAAGAAAAGGAAAUUUUUAUGUCUUUGAUGUCCUGGAUCAAGAUGGAAACGUUGUGAGUGCCUCAGAAAUCCAUGCACACCUGAAGUACAUUCUUUCAGACAGUAGCCCUGCCCCCGAAUUUCCUCUGGCAUAUCUGACCAGUGAGAACCGAGAUGUCUGGGCAGAGCUCAGACAGAAGCUGUUGAGUAGUGGCAAUGAGGAGACCCUGAGGAAAGUAGACUCUGCUGUGUUCUGCCUCUGCCUAGAUGAUUUCCCCAUUAAGGACCUUGUCCACUUGUCCCACAGCAUGCUGCAUGGUGAUGGCACAAACCGCUGGUUUGAUAAGUCCUUUAACCUCAUUAUAGCCAAGGAUGGCACUGCCGCUGUCCACUUUGAGCAUGCUUGGGGUGAUGGUGUUGCGGUGCUCAGGUUUCUUAAUGAAGUGUUUAAAGACAGCACUCAGACCCCUGCCAUCACUCCACAGAGCCAGCCAGCAUCCACUGACUCUUCUGUUGCAGUGCAGAAACUCAUCUUCAAGCUGAAUGAUGCCUUAAAGACUGGCAUCACUGCUGCUAAGGAAAAGUUUGAUGCCACCAUGAAAACCCUCACCAUCGACUGCAUCCAAUUUCAGAGAGGAGGCAAAGAAUUCUUGAAGAAGCAGAAGCUGAGCCCUGAUGCAGUGGCCCAGCUGGCCUUCCAGAUGGCCUUUCUGCGGCAGUACGGGCAGACAGUGGCCACCUACGAGUCCUGCAGCACUGCAGCAUUCAAGCACGGCCGCACAGAGACCGUCCGCCCAGCUUCCAUCUUCACAAAGAGGUGCUCCGAGGCCUUUGUCAGGGAGCCCUCCAAGCACAGUCCUGCUGAGCUUCGGCAGAUGAUGGCCGAGUGCUCCAAGUACCACGGCCAGCUUACCAAAGAGGCAGCUAUGGGCCAGGGCUUUGACCGACACUUGUUUGCUCUGCGGUACCUGGCAGCAGCCAAAGGGGUUGCCCUGCCUGAGCUCUAUCUGGAUCCUGCAUACAGGCAGAUAAACCACAACAUCCUGUCCACCAGCACACUGAGCAGUCCUGCUGUGAACCUCGGCGGCUUUGCCCCUGUGGUCCCUGAUGGCUUUGGCAUUGGGUAUGCUGUUCAUGACAGCUGGAUAGGCUGCAAUGUUUCAUCCUACCCAGGCCGCAAUGCCCGGGAGUUUCUCCACUGUGUGGAGAAGGCCUUAGAAGACAUGUUUGAUGCUUUAGAAGGCAAAUCCAUCAAAACUUAGCUUCUAGGGGGGUGAAAAGCCUCCCUUGCUUCCUCAUCAUCAAAAUCGGGGCCUGUGUAGCCAAUGGGUGCUAUUCUGUGAAUAAUGAAACUAAUCAUGAGGUGCCUGAGCAGCCAGUGCUGACAGGCUUGAGCUUUAAAAUCAUGGUUUUAAAGCUAAACAUAUAGUAUCUGAGUGGGUCUAGAUCACAACUAAAGACAAUGAAUGAGAGAUUUCAGUUUUAAGGGCAUUUGAUCAGGAGGUGGGGUUUGGAAAAAUAACUCAGGUGUAUUUAUUGUUUA